AAAUCACACUUUGGAAAAGAACAUGUAGAAAAUCUGUAGGAUUUCCAUUACUCUGGUCCUAUCACUUUGGAUUAUGAAAGGGGCUGAUUUUAUGUAUAAAACAAUACCCAGCAAGGUAAUGGUACAUUCACCACAUAUAUUGUUUUCUGCCAUUGCGUCCUGCUGUAUACAGUGAACAUACAUGUACAGCAGGGUGAGUCUUUAGGAUGGUGUUUGCAGUUAACAUUAUAUACACACUUCCUUUGGUGUCCAGAACUCCAUGUUUUCCCAGUUGCCCCACAUCAUAAGACCCACAUAAGUCAAAGCUUUACGGCAAAGUUUGCAACAAAAAUGAAUUCUAAGUAAGUUAUUUUCAUUAAACUUCCGUGAUGAUAUCUUAGCACUGGAGACUUCUCAAAUUAUCUGGAUAUUUGGGAUUCUUUAGGACUAGAGGGCAAACUUUCUCUCAUUAUUUAAAGCACAAUGCAGACGGUAAACACGGACAAGUUUAUUGUUAGUGAAGUAAUCCUGAACCUUUCGAGCCUGGACAGAAAAGCAAUUCCAGCUCUUUAGGAUGCGGUUAGUAAAGCUGUUAUUCAGCCUGUGAUUGACCCUGACACGGGGGCAGCAUCACAGGAGAAAUCUCCACAUGAGACUGCCCAGUUGCUAUGUGUAAUUAGGCCCAUUCAAGCUUCCCUUCAGCAUCAUGCCAUCUUUUUUCCCGUUUUUUUGCAUGAACGCUCUUGCUGUCUCUCCCCAGGGUGGAACUCCUGGUGGCAGGCCCAGGGGAUUCUCAGUGGAAUUCCCUCUCCCGUGCAGCCCCACAAAGCCUGAGGUGACUUUUCUAGCUUGGUCAGGACCCUUGGAGACCUUUAGGAUUUGGUGUGAGCCAUCAACCCAGUUUACGGGGCAGUGAAUUUAUUGUAUUAGGGAGCUGUGUCCCCUUGGCAGAACCUCUGGUGCUGCAUGGAUGAAAACAACCCAUAUUGUUCAGCCACUAGUUUUAUUGAUCUAUCACAUAUGUGCCCAGACACUCCUUGAUGGUUGCAUAAUAAAUUGGUAUAUAAAUAAAAAUAUUAAUAACUGUGCAAUGUAGGUUUCCUGUUGCUGUUUGAGUUUCUCCAUGACCCGCGUGCAAUAUUCCAGGGCAGAGUUCCAGUAAAAGAACUUGAUCCAAACCCACAUUUGGAUUUCUCUCCAAUACGCUAAUGCCACCAAGCAACGGAAAGAGUUCAGAGGCCUUUCUUCUAAGUGGUCUUUUGAACAUGUGGCUCGACAGAGUAGAAUCUCCGCAAAGCCUGGAGACAUCUGAGAAACGGAGAGAGAGAUGGGAACAGAAACAGCAGAGGAAGAGAAGAAUAAAGCAGCGCUCCAUCAGCAAGGAGAAGUGGGUGGAGACCUUGGUGGUAGCGGACACCAAGAUGGUGGAGUAUCACGGAAGUGAAAAUAUAGAGAAGUACGUGCUGACCGUAAUGAACAUGGUGGCAGGUAUAUUCCAUGAUGCCAGCAUUGGAAACCCUAUCAACAUUGCAAUAGUUCGUCUUAUCCUGUUAGAAGAUGAUGAGGAGGAUUUGAAAAUCACCCACCAUGCGGACAACACCUUGAAAAGUUUUUGCAAAUGGCAGAAAAGCAUCAAUGUGAAAGGAGAUGCCCACCCAUUGCAUCAUGAUGUAGCUGUCUUGCUCACCAGGAAAGACAUCUGUGCUGCAAUGAACAGGCCUUGUGAGACUCUGGGUCUCUCUCAUGUGUCAGGAAUGUGUCAGCCUCACAGAAGCUGUAAUAUAAAUGAGGAUACAGGACUUCCCCUGGCUUUCACCGUGGCACAUGAACUCGGACACAGUUUUGGGAUUCAGCAUGAUGGAAGCGGCAAUGACUGUGAGCCAGUUGGGAAAAGACCUUUCAUCAUGUCUCCACAGCUCCUGUAUGACACCUCUCCACUCACCUGGUCCCGCUGCAGCAGGGAGUACGUCACACGAUUCCUCGAUCGAGGCUGGGGGUUGUGUCUGGAUGACCCACCUGCCAAAGAAGUGGUAGACUACCCCUUGGUUCCACCAGGAGUUCUCUAUGACGUCAGCCAUCAGUGCCGGCUGCAGUAUGGAGCAUACUCCACCUUCUGCGAUGACAUGGAUAACGUCUGCAAUACGCUCUGGUGCUCAGUGGGGAACACGUGCCACUCCAAGCUGGAUGCUGCCGUUGAUGGCACAAAGUGUGGCGAGAACAAGUGGUGCUUCAAUGGAGAGUGUGUGCAGGUGGGCUACCGCCCGGACGCCAUUGAUGGAGGCUGGGGAACCUGGAGUUCUUGGUCUACUUGCUCUCGGACAUGUGGUGCUGGCGUGCAGAACGCAGAAAGGCAAUGCAACAACCCCACACCGAAGUACGGGGGUAAAUACUGCCUGGGGGAGCGGAAGCGAUUCCGGGUUUGUAACAUGAAGCCGUGCCCCACAGACAAACCGUCCUUCCGUCAUAUCCAGUGCAGCCAGUUUGAUGCCAUGCUAUAUAAAGGGAAGCUCUAUAAGUGGAUGCCGGUACCGACCAACAUCAAUCCGUGUGAGUUGCACUGCCGCCCAGAAGAUGAAUACUUUUCGGAAAAGCUCCGGGAUGCUGUCAUUGAUGGGACUCCAUGUUACGAAGGGAACGCAAGCCGGGAUAUCUGUAUCAAUGGGAUCUGUAAGAACGUGGGCUGUGACUAUGAAAUUGACUCCAACGCUGUCGAGGAUCGGUGCGGGGUGUGCCAUGGGGAUGGAUCCACCUGCCAGACUGUGAAAAAGAUGUUCGAGGAGAGCGAGGGGCUGGGUUACGUUGACAUUGGGAUGAUCCCAGCUGGAGCCCGGGAGAUUAGAAUUGAGGAAGUGGCAGAAGCAGGAAAUUUCCUGGCCUUGAGGAGUGAAGAUCCAGAGAAAUACUUUCUGAAUGGCGGGUGGACCAUCCAAUGGAACGGAGAUUACAAAGUGGCUGGGACAACCUUCACCUACGAGAGGACUGGAAACUGGGAGAACCUCACAUCCCCUGGGCCCACAGGGGAGCCCGUCUGGAUCCAGCUGUUGUUCCAGGAGACGAACCCAGGCGUUCGAUACCAGUACACUAUCCGAAGGGAGUCUGACCAGGAGAAUGAGAUUCAGCCCGCAGAGUUUUUCUGGCGAUACGGCUCCUGGACUAACUGCACUGCCACAUGUGGGACAGGUGUUCAGAGACAGAUCGUGCACUGUGUGGAAAAGAUGGCUGGGAUAGUGGAGGAGCGGUACUGUGACUCAUUAACCCGACCCGACGACAAGCAGAGGACGUGUAGCGAAGAGCCCUGCCCAGCCAGGUGGUGGGUUGGUGAGUGGCAGAAAUGCUCUGCCACUUGUGGUGAAGCUGGGCUCACGAAGAGGACGGUCCUUUGCAUUCAAAGUGUGUGGCUGGAUGAACAGCGGGCUUUGCAGCACACAGAAUGUCAGCAUCUCUCCAAGCCAGACGCCACUGCGCCCUGUAAUAGGGAUAUCCUCUGCCCUGCUCAAUGGGCCAUGGGCAACUGGUCUGAGUGCUCAGUAACAUGUGGAAACGGAACACAAAGACGCCUUGUUUAUUGCAGUAACAAUACUAGGACAACUUGUGAUCUUACACAGAAACCACUGUCAGAAACUACUUGCUCCCUGAAGCAAUGCCAAAAGAAAAUAGAAAAUGCCAACACUGACUGGUCUGGCAGCGGAUCUUCAAGCAGAGAACUAUUUAAUGAAAUAAAUUACAUUCCCAAUCAUCACAUUUCCCACUUCAGCCCCUCAAUUCCGAAUAAUCCAAAAUCCAAAGACGAGAAUGUCAUAACAGAGGAAGAUUUUUCAAGCAGCAGUAACAAAAAGGGAAAUGUGUUUGUGGAUGAUUUUUACUAUGAUUAUAAUUUUAUCAAUUUCCAUGAAGAUCUGUCCUAUGAUCCCCUGGGUGAGAAAGACAUCAAGAGUGAGGGGUUUAAACCAGAUGCCGAGGGCGAGGCUUCUAAUGAAAUGUCUCCUAACAUUCCGUAUAAUGUAAAACCAGAAGGAGAACCCAGUGAAGGAAACUCAGCAAGAAGUGAGACAAAUACUUCUGCGGAUGUGCAUAACGAAGAAGAGGAAAAAGCUGGUGUUGGAGACAAUAAAACUCUCUUCAGUAUAACUGAAGAACAUGAGGAUAUCGGGACAGCUACUGCGCACUACAUAACCCCCUCCUACAUUGGAGACGAGGAGGAGGAAAUGCAUACGCCACUUUCCAAAGAGCAUCCAUCCACUGAGAAUGGAACAAGCCUUUAUUCUAUAAACAGCCAGGAUAAUCUGCCCACUGAUAAAACCCGAGGAGUCCUGCUGACAAGGACCAUUUCUGAAGAGGAUGCGACAGUCACCAUCCCCUCUAUCAGUUAUCCUUAUCUGGCCAUCCCCACUCCACCACUGCCUGUUGACAAGGGCAGUGCUGGUGGAGAAGAGAUGUAUGACAUUUGGGGAAGUACAAGAGAGCCUGGAAGCAGAGAAGAGGAUGGUAAAAGCCCAGAGGUUCCUGCUAACAAUGACAGCGAAGAUGCUGGCUUGGCUGGUAUUGCCCAGCCAGGCCAGGAAGAUACCAAUGAAAUGGAUUUGGUCAUCAUCGAUGAUGGUGACACUGACUCCAAAACUGAAGAUGAAAAGGCACAGGCCGGUAUAACCGCAACAGCAGAGAGUGCAGACAUGAACGGGCCCCCACAUAACCUGCCUCCCCAGCCAACGACAAACGAGCCGCUGCAUCCUGCAACUAAAGACACCCCUUUCCUCUCCACUGAACACAGAUCUGAGCAGGAAACAAGAGGCACUAGUGGAGACACUCACCCCACGAUGGGUUCAUAUAAGUCAGAUAAUAAGGAACCGGAUGACCAUGCGUCCCGUGCAGAGGAUGUACAGAAGCAGCGAGAUGAUUUCAAUGCUGUUUCACAGACGCAUGAGACGCGAGCAGCCACCAUGACAGCUCUUGCCCCGCUGAGGUCCACACCUCCCCCUGGGCAUGAGCCACCCACACAAGAAAGCAGGACACUUACAUCAAACAGUCUAGCCCAGCAGGGUGCCCGAGCACCAGCCGUGCCAGUAUCCUCAGAUCCAAACCCCACAGCUGGUCCAGAAGGGACACUUUCUGCUUUGCCAGCUGAGUUAACCACAGCACAGUGGGCUGAGAGGGAAGCAAAUGAAAUAAAGAUGACGCAUUAUAGAAAGGAUGUGUUUUCGGAUGUGCCUGGGGCCACCCGCGCAGGCCCAAACGAAAGCGCGGGCCCAGAUGAGAGCUCGCCAUGGGGCACCCAGAGGAUAUUUACUAACCAGGCUGGAGACCGUGGAACGUCUCUCCCCACGCCCAGCCUUCCAGAGCAGCAGCGGCAGGAGGCAGACACAAAGGAGGAUUCUUUCCUAUUGCUCCCUGCUACCACAGCAGCCACAGUGACGACCAGCUGGGAAGUUGGGCGCUGGAGUGAGUGCUCCACAACCUGUGGCUUAGGAGCUAGCUGGAGGACAGUGCAUUGUAGCACAGGCAAAGAUGAAGAUUGUGUUGCUGCAAAAAAACCUGUCCCUGCUCGAAGGUGUUACCUGAGACCAUGUUCCUUGUGGCGUAUUGGAAACUGGAGUAAGUGCUCCAAGAACUGUGGAGGGGGACUGAAGGUUCGGGACGUGCACUGCGUUGACACCAGAGAACAGAGGCUUCUGCGGCCCUUUCAUUGUCAAGCUGUUUUCUACAAGCCCCCAAUGCAGACUCCCUGCCAAACCAAGCCUUGUUUGGACUGGUAUACCUCGUCCUGGAGAGAGUGCUCUGAGUCAUGCGGCAGCGGCGAGCAGGAGCGUUUAGUUACGUGUCCAGAAUUCGGACGGUGUGAUGAAAUGUUAAGGCCAAAUAACACAAGACCCUGCAACACUCACCCAUGUACCAAAUGGACAGUGGGAUCAUGGGGAGAGUGCACAGCUACCUGUGGUGGUGGCAUCCAGCGGCGACAGGUGAAGUGCAUGAACACAAAAACUGGUGAAGCUGAAGAAGACAGUAGCCUGUGUGACCAUGAACAGUGGCCAGAGAACACCCAGAAGUGCAAUCCCCAGGACUGUGACAAUAGCGAGUCAACCUUCAUCUGUGAGCGGGACCGCCUCACGUUCAGUUUUUGUCAAACCCUAAGGAUUCUGGGAAGAUGCCAUCUUCCAACUGUCAACGUGCAGUGCUGCCGAACCUGCCGCCAGCACGGUCACAGUGCUCGGGAUCGUGGGAAUGAACGUGUCUCCAGGAGGUGAAACCAUUUAGGUAGAAGGACCCUUUAUGGGGUGGGGGAAAAACAGAGCUGUAGAAGCUUCAAGAGAACAUACAUUAUGCAGUGAACAAAAGGAACUCCUUAAAACUAGGUUUUGCCACAUGGUCUGUUCAUAUAGCAAUGCAGAAUGUUGCUACAAGUUCCUCCACUGGGGAUUUUGUAUGGUGCUCUUUAAAAACACAGGGAAGAUUUUUUUUUUUUUUUAACUACAGUACAUGGUGCUCAAAUGAUCAGUCUGAAAACAAGAGCCUCGCUCUCACUAGACAGCACUCAAAGCCCUGCUAGUUACCAUGGAGAAAUUUAAUGUUUCCUAGCAAGUAGCUGAAAAACAGAUAUAAUUUUCCAUCUCUCAUGUCUUGCCUAAUGUUAGACAAUCUUCAAGAGAACAUUUUAGGAAACAAACUUAAAACAGAAUAGCAAACAUUUUGCGGAGCUCUCUCUAAAAGAUGUAUGGUGCUAUCAUCUGACAAUUUCAGCUUUUGGUUGGUGUUGGCAGGCCAGCACAAAACUCUGACCAAGUGACUUUUUAUUAUUAUUAAUUAUUAUUAUUAUAUAUAAGUGAGCAUCUAUCAUUCCAAACAGUGUAGCUUUUACCUUUUUUUUUUUUUUUUGGGCCUUUUUCCUUUUUUUCUAGAGGGACUCAAAGCUGGCAACCCACUUUUGUAAUGUACUUACGAAUGUUUACAAAUUGAAGUUAGCUCUCCAUCAUUUAAGAAACAGAGACAGAUCAGAGUGAGCAAGGAAGAAAAAUACCUGCACUAGUCAUUAUCACCAAGAGUAUUAGGCUUGCAGAUCGUCCAGUAUGACUGACUAUUCCUUACCCUUUUAAUGCUGUUGCUGGUUUUCUGUGUAAAAGUGAGUGUACAUAUGAGUGUGUUUUGAUGGAAGGUAGAGGGGUGAGGACAUCAAACCAUGAAUGAAGAGACAAAUUUAGGUUGGAGGAAAAGUUACAUUGUCCCCGGCAUAUAUUUGUAAAGAGUCCAGAGU